AAGCAGUAAUGCAACAUUUCUGAUGCGAACUACUGUACAACACCAACAACAAACCAACAUUACAGAUGCAAAAUCCAAAAUGGAAAGAGUCUAAACUACAGUAGAAGCAGCUGGUCAACAUCUGCGGGCAUGAGAGAUAAACCAUGCUUCCGGCAAUUGACACAAAGCCAGAGAAACAUAUCCUGAAGCCAUGGUGGGAUAUUUUCACCGACUAUAUCUCAGUCUUCAUGAUGUUAAUUGCAGUGUUCAGCAUUUAUCUGCAGAUCACACGGGAAACUGUGACCUGCCUACCAUGCAACUGGGUGGACAACAAGCAAUGCAAAACGGUUCCCUUCACAAACGUGACCGCGGACUUGCCGACUGCGCGUGGCAUUUCAAGAAGCAGAUACAUCAGCAACUACUGCUAUGAGAACAACGUACACUGGUUUGCCAAGUAUUUCCCCUAUCUGAUGUGUGUCCACACCAUCAUCUUCAUGGCCUGCAGCAAAUUCUUGUUCACCAUUCUCUCCACCAGCUCAAAACUGGAGAACUUUGUCUCCAUCCUGCUCAAGUGCGAUGACUCCCCAUGGACAACGAAGGCGUUGUCGGAGACUGUGGUGGGGGAGACAGAUCCCACGUCUAAAAUAAUCAAGUCCAGAAUUGAUACUGUUCUCAGUAAAAAAGAUGGGGAGCAGGCGAAGGCUCUUUUUGAGAAGGUGAAGAAGUUUAGAAUCAAAGUAGAAAAAGGUGAUAUAGUCUACCGUGUCUACAUAUGUCAGACAAUCAUAAAAAUAAUCAAUGUUUUACUUAUAAUUACCUACCCAUUCUACUAUAUAAACUUUAUAGACUUCAAUAUUGUGUGUGAGGUGUUUAUAGGAGGGUACAGCACAUUCUCUUGCAUUUACACUUCAGCAAAACCUUAUAGGAUGUACGUCUGGGUAUUCAUCACCUUGGGAGUAUUUUGUACUAUGAUCUGCUUUUAUACUCUGUGUUGGAUGUGGACCCGGUCCCUCAAAACAUACUCCUUCGAAUCAAUGCGAGAGGAGAGCAGAUAUAGUGACAUCCCAGACAUGGUGAAAGACUUUGCGCUAAUGCUACACCUGACGGAACAGUAUAACCCUCUUUACACCGAGCGCUUCGCUGUAUUUCUGUCAGAGGUUAGUGAGAAGAAACUGAAGCAGGUGAACCUGGACAAUGAGUGGACAUUGGAGAAGCUAAGUCAGCACAUCACCAAAGACAUCCAAGAGAAGCUGGAGCUGCAUCUGUUCAGUCUCAGUGGGAUCCCAAAUGCAAUAUUUGAGCUGAAAGAGCUUGAAGUGCUCAAGCUGGAGCAUAUGCAAAACUUACAUAUUCCGCCAAAUAUAAGUCAGCUUUCCAACCUGACGGAGAUGUGGCUUUUCCACACAUCAGCUAAAAUUGAUCCUCCAGCUCUGGCUUUCCUGAGUGAGAACCUGAAAACCCUACACGUUAGCUUCACCGACAUCACAGAGUGCCCCAGGUGGAUCUGCAGCCUGAGGACCCUGAUUGAGCUGCACCUAACCUGUACCAUUGGUGCUACUUUCAUUUCAGCCACUGAAAUGCUUAAAGACCUCAAAAUGCUCAAAGCACUAUAUCUAAGGAACAGUCUAACCAAGCUGCCAUAUACAGUGCUAGAUGUGUCCACCCACCUCCAGAAGCUCUCCAUCAAUAACAGUGGUACCAAGCUGGACUUAAGUUUCGGAAAACCAAUUUUUACAAAUCUGAGGGAGCUUGAGCUUGUUUCGUGCAACCUUAAACACGUUCCUUCCAUCAUCUUCAGUUUGCACAAUCUGCAAGAGAUUGACCUGAAGGACAACAAUCUGACCUCCAUCGAGGCAAUCCUCACCAACAAGUACCCAAAGUGGCUUGUGUGCCUGAAAGUGUGGUACAACAAUAUCACCCACAUCCCACUUCAGAUGCGGAAACUUGCCAGACUGCAGAGGCUGUAUCUUAACAACAAUAACAUUGAAAAUGUCCCCAAGGAACUUUUUGACUGCCAAAACCUGCGCUUUUUAGACCUGAGCCACAACAAGCUGACCAGCAUCAGUGCUAAUGUAGGUCAGCUCCAGAAACUGCAGUACUUUGCUGUGACGGCAAACUGGAUUGAGACUUUGCCCCCAGAGCUCUUUAAGUGUAAAAAGCUGCAUACUCUGAAUGUGGGAAACAACCGUUUGCAGACACUUCCAUCAUGCAUCAAUGAGCUCACCAUGUUGACUGAGCUGGAGCUAAGAGAGAACCUGCUGAGUAGUCUACCAGUGGAGCUCGGCGAGUGUCGACUGUUAAAAAAGAGCCGUCUAGUGGUGGAGGACAACCUGUUUGACACACUGCAAACAACAGUCAAAGAACAGUUUUUGGCCGAAUGAUAGGAAUCACAACUCCGUUCAGCCUGUCUCACUCGUGUUGCAUGGGUCCGAAUUUAGGAAAAGUUCAACUUUCCAAGCAGCAGUUCAAGUGUCAUAGUUAGCCAUGACAGAGAGCACCUUUGGUAGCUCCAACACCAAGCAUCAGGCCCAACUACCAAGUGUUACAGCUACAUGUAUGUAUGAGUCUGCCCUGAGUGUUCAUUUAAGUUUAUUUAUUUAAAUUAGAGAUAUUUUUUCCCUCCCGAUACCGAUUCCGAUACUUGUGCUGGGGGUAUUGGCCGAUACAGAGUAUCGAUACCGAUAGCAGUGUGUUAUAAAAAAAAUAUAUCAUACUACGCCUGCAUGACUGUGGUUAGUUGCAGCGCUGCUCUUUUCGUUUAAUAAACGGGCCGCUCCAGUUUGACUGUAGGCGCGCUAACGGAGCUAGCGCAGCUAACAACGCUAACGGAGCUAACUGGUAAAUACUGCCAAACCGCCGACAUGAUGAGCUAACGUUAGCUCCUUGUCUACAGGUGUCGGGUGAUCAGUUCUUCUUCACACCUCUAAAACAGCACAGCACAACUGUUUCAAGAGCG